AUGGACGAUGGAGAGAAGUGUGUCGCUGCAGACUGUGGGCCUCUACAGGAUCCAUUUGGCACUUGGCAUGGGAGCCACGCCUACCUGGGAGAGUACACUCUGGAGUGCAAGGAUGAUGCCUUCGUGUGGGGCGGCACAGAGCAGGCUGCAACUAUCAGCUGUCCUUCCUUUGGGCGCUGGCGCACAGUGCCACGGUGCUUGAGCCCCCUGGAGGAGAGCAGGGCGGCAGAGCGAGAACGCAUAUCGUUCAUAAUUCACGUCUGUGCAUCAGUUGUGUGCAUUAUAUCGGCUGCCCUGGCCGCUGGCCUAACCAUGGGGCUGGUUUCCUUGGAGCCUGUGGAGUUGCAAAUCAUCGAGGCGGCUCGUCUAGAUGAUUGCACAACCGAAAAGGAGAAGGAGCGGCUUCAGAAGCAAAAGGAUGCCGCCAAGCGGAUCCUGCCAGUGCUGAAGGUGUUUGCACUGCGUGGGCCAAAGUUGCCACGCCCGCACUGGACCGCAUGCUUCCCGGUUCCUCCUGGCAACGAGGUGCUGGUGCGUUUGCGAACGCAGGAGGGUGUCGAAGGCUUUGGCCUGGCGAGCAGUUACACAGCCAUUGAACCUCUGGUGAAGCCCUGGAAGAACGGGUUGGCAGACUUGAUUUUGGGCGAAGAUGCUUUGGCACCUGAACGCCUUUACCGCAAGCUGUUCCGGCUUACUGCCAACAAGGUGGCGAGCGAAAAAGGCUGGUCGCGAGAGGCAAUGAUUCGGCUCAGCGCCGCGGUUGACUUGGCAUGCUGGGACAUCGUGGGCAAGGUUGCCGGCCUUCCUUUGUACAAGCUCUUUGGCGGAUUCAAAGAUGAGGUUGCCUGUUAUGCAACCUGCGGGUACUACAGGGAAGGGAAGGAUGAAAGCGAACUUCGCGAUGAACUACAGAUGAUGGUUGACCAGGGCCACACAGGCUUCAAAGUGAAGAUUGGUGGCUUACCGCUGAAAGAAGACAUGGAAAGACUGCGUGUCAUCCGUGAUAUCAUUGGCUAUGACAAGGAUCUCAUGGUGGAUGUCAACCGCGCCUGGGAUUUCAAAACGGCGUGUGAUGGCGUGAAGCUGCUCGAGGCCUUCAAGCCGCGCUGGCUUGAGGAACCCGUGGCUUGGGAGGACGAUCGGCGCCUGCUCAAGUUGCUGUCACAGCGGACGACUAUUCCAUUGUCAGGGGGCGAGAGUGAGUUCACAAGCUACGGCUGCAGGGCGCUCCUGGAGGAGCAGGCCAUUUCCAUUCUGCAGUUCGACGCAACCAUGUAUGGUGGCUUCACGGAGGGGCGAAAGCUUGCGGCACUCUGUGAGCUGAACCAUGUCCAGGUGGCCCCGCAUCACGAUUGUUUCAUCCAUGUGCAGCUGGUGGCAUCCACUCCGGCAGGGCUCAUCGUCGAGGCAUUCACGGAUCCGGAGCGGGAUCCCUUACAAGCGGAGCUCUUCGAGGAUGCCCCAACGAUCGAGAAUGGUACGAUCAAGCUAAGUCCUGCAGCAGGCAUCGGUCUCACGCUGAACGAGAAGGCAAUAGAGAAGUAUGGAGAGCGCGUUCUUUGUUGCAAGUGUGCCAAGAUAUGUGGUUGGACGUCAUCGCACCAAGCAGACCGCAAAGGUUUUUUUGUGCCCAGCACGUGGGAUAAAAUCCGUGCCUGUGCCAAGCUGAAUUCCCGCUGCUGCCUGUCAUCCAGUGAGGACCACCACCUGCUCCUUGUUACCCUGCUUCUCCUCAAUGCCCUUGCAAAUGAGGCACUCCCGAUUUUCCUGGACGACCUGCUCAGCCCUGUCUUUGCAGUUCUGUUGUCCGUCACAUUUGUUCUCAUCUGCGGUGAGAUCCUUCCCUCUGCAGUUUUCACAGGACCUGCGCAACUGACCGUGUCUUCGUCGUUCGUUCCUGUGGUCAAGUUUUUGCUCACAGCAUGCUAUUGCAUCGCCAAGCCCAUUGCCAGAAUCCUGGACAAGGCGCUCGUCCACAACCGCGAGGAGCGCUUCUCGCGGCCAGAGGUUCGCUCUGUCCUACGCUUGCAUUCACCGAGUGGUCAUCUUGCUGCGCAAGAAGCCUACCGUGAACGGGAAGGCAGCUUAGAAGGCAGCCCCGGAGGUCAAAGCUGCCUCAGCGGAUCACGGAGUGCAGCCGAAAAUCGGCUGCUGCCCACAGAGGACCCAUUCAGUCCACCUAGCGUUCUGAACGACUUGGAGGUUGACUUGUGCAUGGCCGUGCUCAUGUUGGGAGAUACUUUAGUUGCCGACAGCCCCGCCCUCUUAACAUUGAAGCGUUGUGCAAGGAAAGUUCUGCCUGUAGACUUCUACAGCCCAGCAAUUGCUGUCGCUGCUGAUGCAGUGGCUUCAAACAAGGACUUUGUUGUCGUUUUUCCCAAUAUCGACGAUGUCGACUGGCCGGUUGAGGUGAACUUUGAGGACAUCGUGGGUAUUUUGCGAACCUCCGACUUACUGGCGACCCACUCAUGUACUGCAGUCGGCUCGCUUUGCAAGCGCAAGCAACGGCCAGCCCGAAUAGAGGCUCACGAGACAGCAGCAGAGGCACUGGCUCGCAUAGCUGACACUUCUGAUUCGCCCUGUGGAAUUGGGGUGAUCCACCGGAAUGACGAGUUCUUCGGCCUCUUCGAUGGAGAGGAGGCGCUGUGUGGUGCCAUAACCGAACGUGAAGAUGUUGCUGUACCAUGCACACCCAGUGACCGAUUGUCACGCCAAAGACGCGAGGCAGGGUUGGGGGUUGUGCAAAGUCGCAGCGAUGCAUCGCCAUCCUCGUCAACUGGAAGCCCCGCACGAGAGACAAUCCCGGAAAGUGCCAUUGUGACGGGACGGACCCUCCAUGAAAUCGCAGAGAUGGCGCUGGCACCCAUGGAUGAGGAGGUGCGAGAUCGCUUUCACACAGAUCCUCAGCCAGAUGCCGUACGAGGUAUCUCACUGCCGCUACCCUCACGCUCAACCUCAAGUGCCAUAAGUGGCAUGGAUGUGACCAAGUCCGCUUCGUACAGCGCCCAAGGUGCUUCCGAUCACAGAGAACCUGCAACGGAGUCAAAGGAAGAGUCUCAUGAGUCUCAUGCCUUCAGAGAGGAUAUUGCAGACCGAGACGCGUCGGAGCGAGCUGGCUCGCGCCCAAGGCCUGCACAAUUGUCAUCGGACGUGGAACUGACCACGCUCCAAGCAAGCUCGAAGCCCACUUUAGGUUCGGAGGCUGCUGAAGGGCCGGACCCCGUGGACCCGGUGGACGGUGUGGGUCCCGCGGCCUCCGUGGAUCCCAUAGCCGUCGUAGCCAGUGAGCCCAUCGCCAAGCCGGAGGCGACCGCGGACCAGGACAAAGAUCUAGAAGAGAUCUCUAUUGGGUCACGGCCCAGUCAAGAGCCUGGCAGUCAUGCACUCGACUAA